AUGGCCUCUGCCGUGCCGCGUCCGGGCGAGGCGCCGGACGAGGCGGUCCAGAUCCUUGCGCACCUUACGCAGCACCGCCAGGUGCGGGGAUGCGUUACACUUACAACGGAUGGCCGUGUGCUAUGGAGCGGCGGCGCCGCGUUUGUCGCGGGCGAGGGCGAGGCCACCGACGCGUUGGAGCGCGUCGUGCAGUUUGUGCGCGACAUGCUCGACGUCGUCACGCGCCACGUCGACGAAGUCGAAGCGGACGACGAACUGAGCUUGCUGCGCGUGCGCACCAAGAAAUACGAGCUGCUUGUCACACCAAGCCAAAAAUACGUGUUGGUCGUGAUGCAAGAGCCGGGCUCGGGAUAG